AUGAUGUCCGCUGGUCGUUACCAAGAAGUAGACUGUUGUGAAAACGAUUGUAUCUUCGAUGACCGUGAACUCGAUCAGCACCGAAUGGAAGAUUUCAUCACCGACAAAGCGUUGCUAACUACGGAUGUGCGAUAUCUCAGUGACGACCUAAGUCAGAUACCUACAGAAGACCUCAUUCUCUUUCCCCACCGAUUGUUCGCAUUCGUUUUGAAAGACCGAAAGUGGGUUGUUGUAGAUGUCAACCAUACUGUGAUUGACGACGACAAGAUUGAUAAAGGCGAAAGAGGGUGGGAUUCGCUCGUGUUGGAGGAAGGUCAUAAGGAAAUGGUCUUGUCCCUUGUUCAGGCACAUCUUCGUAAACGAAGCGAAAAUCUCCCAAAGAACGAUCCCCAGGUCGAUCUAAUCCGUGGAAAAGGGAAGGGGUUGAUUAUCCUCCUUCACGGCGCCCCAGGAGUUGGGAAAACCUCAACUGCCGAAUGUGUGGCGGAGAUAUGUAAACGUCCUCUUUAUCCAAUCACUUGCGGGGACUUGGGUAUCACUGCUGAAGAUGUCGAGGCCCGGCUAAACCGGAUUUUCGUUCAAGCUCAGAAGUGGAACUGUGUUCUUCUACUGGACGAGGCCGAUGUGUUCUUGAGCCAGAGAGGCCAAAGCAUUAAGCACAAUAGUAUAGUUUCCGUAUUCUUGCGUGUCCUCGAGUACUACCAGGGAAUUCUCUUCUUGACCACCAACCGAGUUGGCAGGAUGGACGAAGCGUUCCGAUCCCGGAUACAUAUGAGUCUUUACUACCGACCCCUGAACAAGCAAUCCACACUGAACAUAUUUCAUGAGAAUAUAAAGCUCAUGAAAAGGCGCUAUGGAGUUAAUAUUAAGGUAAAAGAACAAGAAAUCGAAAAAUUUGCUAAGCGCCACUUCAAGACCAAGCUGUCAGGAGCUCGAUGGUACGGCAGGCAGAUUCGGAACGCUUUCCACGUUGCCGUUGCGCUUGCUGAGAACGAUGCCAUAGAGAAGAUCGAAAAGGCCAAGAAAAAGGGUCUAGAUUCCACUUAUCAGCCUGUCCUCCGCACAAAACACUUCGAAAAGGUCGAAAAAGCGUCGAUCAAGUUCGACAGCUAUUUCCACGCGGUUAUUGGAAUGGACCAUUCAGCCCUCGCAGAACAAAGUUCUCUCCGAAAAGAUGACUGGAAUCCCAAGCAUGACUCGCAUUACCAAAAGAAACGGUUCUCAAAGGCACACCGACACAAAAAGACACAAGGAGCCGGGUUUUCCGAGUCCUCCGAGUCCUCCGAGGACGAUGAUAUUAGCCCCGAUGGGUCGAGACAGAGUCACUCCUCGCUGGGGCGAAGCGGUCGCUCAGAAUAUUCAGACCAGGAUCAAGAAUACAGUCAUUCUAGAUCUUCUGAUGGUUCAGAUAACGAGCCCACUGAGCGUGAUAGGCGGGAGAAGGACACUAAAAGAUCUCGAGGAAAAGAAUCCAAGUACAAGGACAAGCAUGUGCCCCAGCGUUGCGAAGGGACAUCUAAGAAGAUGUCAGAGGUGAACGUUCGGAACAGGCAUCAGUCUUAA